AUGGGCCACCCUCACCUGUAUACUCCAGAGCGCUUUAAGGGUGCUUACGAAAGAGCUGGCCAGUACCGAAGAUUUCAGCAGCCCAGAAAGAGAAGCGGCUCCUUCCAAAGGAAAGGGAUUGAAGGAUGGCAUAGAGCUGUGUCUACCAACUUAGUAAAACAAAAUGUAUUGGUCCCUAAAGAGGAGUCAUCCAGUGAUAGUGACAUGGAAUUUCACAAGAGCCAGCAAAAUCAGAAGAAAAAUUUGGUGAGGAAAGUGAAGACUGUUUUGGGGAGGAUGCUGUCACAGUACAGAAGCAAGCCAGCAAGUGUCAACGAAGAGGGUGCCCCAAACCACAAGGAAACCCUCCUUCCAAAUACGCAGAGCCUUCUUCCUAGAAUUGUCAAGGAGCUUCCAUCACCCAAGUUAUUUACCGAACCAAGAAUGAGAAAGCUCUCCCAGAAUGCAACUAUACAACUUGACGUUGUUGAAGCAGAGACAGAGGCGAUAACCCAAAGAAAUACACUCCUCCGAGCCAGGAGAACCACCAAGCGUUUAUCUGUGGCAUCACUUCCUCCAGGAAUGCAAAAGGUUCCAUAUUCAUCAAAAAAGAGACCACACUUUCUGAUAUAAAAGAAGCACAGCAUGGAAAACAUUCUCCAGAAAUCAGAUUUGACAGUGGGAAAGCUUCAAAUGCAGGUGGAUGACCUCAUAGAAACAGUGACAAAUAAAUCCAUGAAGUUAUUGGCCCAAAGACAUGCUGAACUUCAACAGUGUGAGUUUCUAGGGGAUGAAAUUCUUCGGUCUUAGAAGCAGUUCCAGAGGAUGUCCAAGCGAACCAUGAGAAAGUAUAAAUUGAAAAAUGUGUGUUUCCCAUGUACCUGGUCCUGCUUCUGA